UUUUUUCUCUCAACGUGGCCCCCGACUGAAAAUAUUUGGCCAUCUCUGAGGUGAAAGAAUAUUUAGUGUUUGUGGCCCCGCGACCCCAAGAGGGACAAGCGGUAGAAAAAUGGAUGGAUGGAUGGAUGGUCCAAAGUUUCUCCAGAGUCCCGCCUCUCUUCCUCUUGCUCCUCCUCCUUUCCCUCCCCCUUAAAAGCGGGCCGUGUGCAGCGGCAGGCAGCUCGCGAGCCCCACGUGACGAUGGAUAUUUGCCCUGACGACAUUCUUCUCCUUGCUCCGUGUUUUGCAGACAUGGAUUUGGACUACGUGAGCACGCGGAGGCCUUUGGACUACACCUUCAACUUCUGGACCGACUACCUGGGUCUGAGCACGCUGGUCAGCAAGUCUCAGACUUCCAACUCCAUCACCGAGUCCCUGAAGGCAACACUGGGUCUGCGAGACAGUCCGCCGUGCGCGUGCGCCAUGGCCGGUGCCCCGGACUGCCGCUGCGCGCCCGGUGCUCCGCCGCCGCAGGAGCGCGUCCCCGUCCUCGGUCCCUUCUACGAGCUCCCGGCGCGGCCGGCGGCGCACGGCUGCCUGGCGGAGCGCAGGACGCGCAGGACCUCCGCCAAGGCCGGCAAGCCGGAGCUCAACGUCUGCGUCUUCUGCCGGAACAACGGAGCACCGGAGGAGGUGUACGGCUCGCACGUGCUCAAGACCCCCGACGGCCGGGUGGUCACCUGCCCCGUCCUGCGCGCCUACACCUGUCCGCUGUGCCGCGCCAACGGGGACGCGGCGCACACCAUCAAGUACUGUCCGCUCUCGCCCCCCCACAGGGGGGCCAGGAGGACCACCACCUUCUAGGAAUGUUCCAGAAUUUUCAUAUCUUGGACUUUCACCUGUAGAAAUAGCUCUCUCUCUAUAUACAUACAUACAUACAUACAC